AUGGAAGAAUUAGGUAUGCGUCCUGAAACAUCUAAAUGCUCACGAAUGGAAAAGCGUAGAUUAGUAUCGCAAAGUCAUCAAAGACAAGAAUCAAGUUAAGCUCCAAGAAUAAAUGGAAUUACUUUAUAACAAUACUUUCGAGGAAACAACUUUAGAGUACUGGAAAUUAAUGAAGAUUAAUGGGACAAUCCAUAAGUUGCAUAGCCACGUGCUCCGCCACUUUAAAAUAACAAUUUUCGCAUUAAAACAGAUAAAAAAAUAAAAAAUAAUAAACUACUAGAAAAAUCACCUGCUUAAAACUUAACUAUGAGCAAAGACUUCAAUCAGCACAAAGUUAUUAGACCUCAAAUGACAUAGAAUGAAUUCUUUUAAAAUGAUGAUGAACUCAGAAAAACUAAAAUGGAAUUCAAAUAUGGUCGCAUGAGAGAGGAUAUGAUCAAUCGUUUUGGUAAUCCUGAUUAAGAUUUAAUCAAUAAAUAUGCAGAAAAAUUUAACAUAAAUAGAGAGCCUCCCAAAUUGACCUUAGCUCCCAGAGAACUAUUAACAAAAAUUAAGUGA